AUGGGGUCAGAUAUUCGCAAUAGGGGGGGAAGUUUAUCGCAGGAGGUUGUGGACAGGAAAUCAGACAAAGAAGAAGACAAGGCAUCUUCUCUUGUCUUGAAGCAGGCUCACAGACAUAUUAGGGAGAGUACGUUUCAAGAUUCAAGCAUAAAACAGUGGAAGGAUUCUCGGAGGGUUACGUUUACGUUAGGAGCGGUAAUUGGGUUGCUGGUAGCCCUAUAUUGUGGGACAAUUGUCCACCAACAGACGUACGAGGGGUUAGACAAAUAUGUUAAUUUUGAGCUGUUGCAGGACUACAUGUCAGAUUGGAGAGGAGCUGUACCAUCGACGAUCACGUCAUUGAUUGCUGAUUUUCAACUUAGGGAUACACACAAGGCUGCAUCUGCUGAUUUGACUACAUCGUUUGCGAUCGGGAGGCAGUUACAACGUGAGCAGGAACUCAGUGACAAGUUUCCGGUGAUUUUAGUUCCGGGUGUUACGUCAACUGGAAUAGAAUCGUGGGGUUUACAUAAAGACGAUGAGUGUGAUAGUGAACCCCAUUUUAGAAAGAGGCUAUGGGGGUCGUUCUAUAUGUUGAAGACGAUGGUUCUGGAUAAGACGUGCUGGUUAAAACAUGUGAUGUUGGAUCCUGUGUCCGGGUUAGAUCCGCCCUACUACAAAUUACGUGCUGCGCAAGGGUUUGAAGCUGCUGAUUUCUUUAUGGCUGGCUUCUGGAUUUGGAAUAAGGUGCUACAGAACUUGGGGGCUAUUGGAUAUGAGCCGAACAAGAUGACUACGGCUGCUUAUGACUGGAGGUUGGCCUAUCUCGAUUUGGAACUGAGAGAUCAGUACUUCAGCAAAUUAAAGUCCCAUAUUGAGAUAACUUACAAGGCCACUGGAGAGAAAAGUGUACUUAUAGGCCAUUCGAUGGGCGCUCAGGUCAUCUUCUACUUUUUGAAAUGGGUUGAGGCCGAUGGCAAGAACUAUGGAAACGGAGGCCCAGGCUGGGUCAGUAAACAUAUCGACUCUUUUGUAAAUAUCGCAGGGACUUUGUUGGGUGUGCCUAAGGCUGUUCCUGCAUUGAUCAGCGGAGAAAUGAAGGAUACAAUCGAUUUGAAUACGCUUGCCAUGUACGGCUUGGAGAAAUUCUUCAGCAGAAAGGAACGCCUAGAGCUAUUGCAAACAUGGGGUGGCAUCCCCUCAAUGCUCCCCAAGGGAGGCAACUUGAUAUGGGGUAACAUGGACUAUUCCAUUGAGGAUGUUUUGCACAACCACACCAACGCCCACGGCAACUUCAUUCGUUUCGACACUGUCAAGGGCCCGCUCUCCAGCAAAAACUUGACCAUGGAAGAUGCAAUCCAAUACAUAAUGGACCUAUCUCCACCAUGGCUAAAUGCACGCAUAAGAGACCAAUACUCCUACGGCCACGCAGAGUCUGUGGAAGAACUAAUCGAAAACGAAAAACACCACUCACACUGGACCAACCCUCUGGAAGUCCCCCUCCCAAACGCCCCCGAUAUGAAGAUCUACUGUCUAUACGGCGUCGGCCUCCCCACAGAAAGAGACUACGUCUACAAGGAGGAGGCCAAGGACUCCGGCCUCAACGUCACCAUCGCCUAUGAGCACGAAACCCCCGUCUUCUUCACCGAGGGCGACGGAACCGUCCCCCUAGUCACCCACACAAUGUGCCACAAGUGGGCCCUCGGCGCCUCCCCAUACAACCCCGCCGGCAUCAACGUCACCAUCGUCGAAAUGCUCCACCAGCCUGAACGCUUCGACAUCAGGGGAGGAGCAAAAAGCGCAGAGCACGUCGAUGUCCUGGGCCGUGCUGAACUAAAUGAAUACAUAUUGAAAAUUGCUGCAGGUAAAGGCGACUCCAUCGAGCCUCACUACAUCACAAAUAUGACAGAAUGGGUAAAAUCAGUCCCAUUCCCCUUAUCAUAG